CUCGGCAAACCUCGCCAUUAUACUUGUGCCUGUUGAACGAAGGGCGUAGGCAUCAUGUGACGGUUAUUGUCAACACAAGACUACUACAAGCGCUCAAAUAUAAGAUCAAAACUUAUUCACAGUACACAAAGAAACUCCAAGCCACACCAAAAGUUCACAAUGUCAACAGGAGCAAUCUCGCCGCUUAGUAAAGUCAAAGCCCUCACAUUUGACGUCUUUGGGACUGUCGUCAACUGGCGCUCAUCAGUAACCGAUGAACUCACGCUUCGAGCUUAUCGCAAGACUUCCUCCGACCUGAAACAAGAUGUCAAAGCUCGUGUUCAGAAGCUCACCGAAGAGGACUGGGGCCGCUUCGCACAGGAGUGGAGGAACUCAUACGGGAAGUUCACAAGAGGCUUUGACCCGGAAAAGCACACUUGGAAGACCAUUGAUCAGCAUCACCAUGACAGCCUAGUCGAACUUCUCAAGGCGUGGGAUCUAGCUGAUUUAUACAGCCCAGCUGAGAUUGAAUCCCUGAGUCUCGUCUGGCAUCGCUUGACACCUUGGGAUGACUCCUCAGACGGUAUUCAUGAGCUUGGGAAAACUUACAAAACCAGCACCUUGUCCAACGGCAACGUCUCUCUACUUAGGGACCUGAACGAUUUUGGAAACCUGGGUUUCCAGGUUCUCCUCUCCGGGGAGAGGUUUGGGGCGUAUAAGCCAAACCCGGCCGUAUACACUGGUGCUGCACGUGAGUUGGGACUGGAGCCUCACGAAGUUUCUAUGGUUGCAGCACACCUCAACGACCUCGAGGCCGCGAGAGCCUGUGGCCUGAGAACCAUCUAUGUUGAACGCCCCCAAGAGGAAGCCUGGGAUAAAGAAGAUGAAAGGUACCAGAAGGCCAAAGAAUGGGUCGAUAUCUGGAUCACGGAAGACGAUCAAGGAUUUCUGGCUUUGGCUCAGAGACUUAAAGAGUUGGCAUGAGAUAGUCGCAAAGUUUCGAGCAGUUGUUGUUGCUGUGAUUGGUUAUGUAAGUGCUGAGUAGGCAUGAAUUCGGACUUGCCUAUGGUCGAGACUCAAUCUGCGGAGCCUUAUUCUCAACCCAAGCCACUUGAUUCAUGACAUCACAUCGUUGUUUCUAUCAUUAGUAUCACAGAAGCUUUCGUCUAAGCUAUUUGGAGUCAUAUGACCUCACGUGCAUUGAUUCCCAAUUCGGACUUCAUCCAUAAGACUUCUGUUUCUAGUAAUACCAUGAGAUAUACGGAGUAUUUCAUCAGCUUAUAUGAAUAAGGUUGAUCAUUAGUUCUCUGCUUACAAUCAUACGAUCCUAGUACACCACACAAACGCCGAUCGCCAAAAUCCGCUACGGCAUGAGCGCAAGUGGAAAAAGACAAACACUGGAACAACCCCACGAUCAUGGACCUGGUGGUUUCGGCUCUAACUACCUAGGUAGCCAAGUAUGCCUCCAUUUUCUCCGUCGCCUUCACUAUCAGGUCUAGCGGAACCGGAACAAACGAGAACUACGUGGCCCAGUCGGCAUCUGUAUCCAGAAAGUGUUGGAGCUGAACUUUAGGGUACUUGAAUGAGCAGUUUUUACAGCACCUUCGGUCGAAGCGAGGUGGCAGAGAGACCCAGAGUGUACAAGUGAGCCUGCCAUUGAACUAAACUCGCCCUAUUGAAACCUUGUUUUGCGGCUCUUACAGCACGAACAUGUAGUCCAACGUUCCUAAUAACUUAAGUCAGCUUGUUUAAUUUAAGCCUAACCUGCUAGC